GAGAUAGAAUAAGGAGGAGAUGCUAUGACGAUGCUAAAUUGUCCGCACUUUUGUAUUACAUUUUUACGUCAAUGUCAAACUCGAGAUAGUGUAGCUAGUUAGUUUUGUUGUCACCUGUCAAUUUAUCACGUUGCGCGUUUGAGAGUUCAAAAGAAAACCGAAUGGUCGAUCUCCAAAUAAACCAGAAAAUAUGGAAAAAUCUGACAUAAAAGCGAGCGAAAGAGUUUCGUUAAUUGCCCAAGAAUUGGAGGUGAUUCGAAUGCUGUCUGGAAACGAUGAAAAAGCCAAAAAUAAAGCACUCAAAAAUCUUAAUAAAUGGCUCCUUGCGAGGUCCAAAUCUAAAACAAUGCCGUUUGUGGAAGAGGAUUUACAAAGGAUAUGGAAAGGUUUAUAUUAUUGCAUGUGGAUGUCCGACAAACCAUUAGUCCAGGAAGAGUGUGCAGACAAAAUAUCAAAGCUGGUCCAUUUUCCAAAUAUAUUUACGUCGUUACUAUUUUUCAAAGCAGGUUUGUAUAUACUUAGUCAAGAAUGGAGUGGGAUACAGCAAUUGAGAUUAGACAAAUUUUUAAUGCUUGUAAGAAGACUUUUGAGGGAAACUUUCAUCGCCAUUAAAAAUACCAGUUAUAGUAAAGAUGCUAUUGAACGUUUCAACGAAGUCAUAUCUGACACCAUAUUAAACAAAGCAAACAAAACGCCUGUAGGCUUAUUCAUGCAUUUCGUAGAAAUUUUUUUGGAAGAACUCGCAAAGGUAUCCAGGGGUAAACUUCAAUCGCCCUUGGUUUUAGAGUUUAUCAAACCUUUCAUUAAAUGUUUAGCGCAUUCGAAUGACGCGAGGCAAUUAAGGCAUUUAAAAAAAUUUAUUUUCACUUAUCUAAUCAGACAGUCUAAGUUGGGAUUGGAAUAUCAGGAAAAAUAUGAAGCAUGGAGACAGCAAGGUUUUCCCGGCCACAUAGACUCCAUGCAAAAGAUAAAAAUAGAUCGAAACGACGAUUCUUCAGAUGAAGAAAUCGUUAUUGAAAAGACCGCGAAUAGAAAAGAUAAACCUCUCGAUCCCAGAGCUGGACGAGUCGACGUCGAAAUUCCGCAACUAAAUUUCAAAAGCAUCGACAUAGCCAAAGCCGUAUUAGAGUACAAAUUCGACGCGAACACGUCGGCGCAAUCGAGAAAUAUGAUGAAAGUCAUAGCGAACCAAUUCACCAGUUUGGCUAAAGGAGUGUAUCCACUUGGGGUUAAAAAAAUAGAAACAAAUGACAAGGAUGAUUAUAUAAAUAUUCGUAAAGCCGCCACCAGCUUGAUAAAGUACGAUCAAAAAAUUUCCGGCAAGAAAACUAAAAAAAGAAAGCGCGAUAAGGAAAACAAUUCCGAGGAAGUUGUAGAGAAAAAACGCGCGAAAAUUCAAUCCAGCGACGAAUCUGAUUCGAAUACUUCGAAUAAGAAGCUGAAAAACAAGAAAAACGAGGAAGUCGUAGUAAAUGGCGAGGGAAGCGUCAAAGUGAAGAAAAGUAAAAAGAAAAACGUUCUAGAAGAAACCGCAUCGAAUAAAUCGAAACUGGACGAAAAUUUCGAUAAGAAGCGCAAAAGGAAAUCUGAUAAAAUCGACGAAAAGACGAAAACGAAAAAUAAAUCGUACGUCCCGAUAGACGAGAUUAAAAUCAAAAGUAACGUAAUAAAAGCGAAAAAUAAAUUAAAAAACAAGGACGUGCAAAUAAUAACGGCUGGAAAGAAAUUGAGGAAAAACAGGGAGCGCAGAGAUUCCAAUGAAAAUAUAGAAUGUAUAUUUAAAAGGAAUUCGGGCACUUGGGUGGUGUAUGAUCUAGAAAAUUCAGAAAAUAUUGUAAAAUCGCCAAAAUCGUCCAAACUUAUUAAAGACGAUUUUUCGCCGGCAAAAUCGUCGAAGAAGCAAGGCAAAGGCGAUUUCGAAGAAUCCAAAAUGUCGAGGUUGGAACACUCUAGUCCGAAUCAGUCGGCCAGCAAUAGAUUUUCGGAAUCGCUAUUAUCGGCAGAUGAUUCGCCAAAAUUGGGAAUGUCGCCAGUCAAAUUAUUCGAAUCCCCCUCUUCGCCAGACGCUAAAGAAAUAUUUAAAAAAUCCGCCUGGGACGAACCGUUACAGGAAGGCGAAUACGAGAUCUGCAUCCCGUCGAAGAGGCACGUCAACAAAUUGAAGAAACAGGCGAAGAACCAGAACAAAACCGUGCACGAAUUGAUCAAUACCACUCUGAAAAAGAUCAAGGGAAAGUCGAGGUCGAGUUUAGAUUCUCGGUUGGUAGGAAAUCCGUUUUUGAAAUCGGGUGGUAAUAAUAGUAGUACGAAAAAAGUGAAAAUCAACACGAAAUUGAACAAGUCGCAAGAGGUGUACGAACAUUAUUCGAGCGUUAAAAGUUCGCCUGGGAUUCCUUUCGAUGCUAACAGGCGACCCGCGAAGCCUUUGUUGAAACCUAGCGCGAUAUCCACCCCGAUAAACCCGUUCUAUAAGAAACAAUUAAGUUUUUAAACGUAGGAAAUUCUUUAAUUGCUAGUUUAUAUGGUAGAUAAAUGAAAAUAAUAUUUUUGGUUCGGUUAGAGAAUUAAAGAACCCCGCAGUUUUCUUGAAACUGUUGAAUUUAAUGUAGUAAUUUCAGUAUUAGAAACAAUUUUACUAUUAUUAAACUAUUAAGGUCAAAAAAACGAAAAAAUUGGCCCAAAUAUGGAAAUUUGGCUCAAAAAUGCCAAUUUGGCUCACAAUUUGCAAAUUUGGCUCAAAAAUUGCAAAUUUGGCUCAAAAAUUGCAAAUUUGGUUAAAAAAAUUGCCAAUCUGGCUCAAAAAUUACUAAUUUGAGUAAAAAUGUGUUCAAUUUGUCCAAUUUUCUAUUAAGUUGUCUUUCUCUUAAAAUACGAGUUUGGCUCGAAAAUGGAAAAAUAUUGGCCCAAAAAUGGCAAGUUAGAUUGAAAAGUAGAAAAUUUUACCCUCUCAAAAUAUACCGGUUUUAAAAUAAUACUUUUGAUUAAAAAAAUGGAAAAUUUGGCUCAAAAAGUUAUCUUUCAAAAAAAUACCAUAAAUUGGCUCGAAAAUUGAAAUUUAUUUGCCUUUUUGUUGUACUUAUUCUCUACUUUAUUAUUUGUGCAUCACAAAUUGCCAUUUUAGUAAAAAUUAUUCCUCUCGGUCUUUAUUUUUACAAAAAAAUCAUUGUCGCUUCAAAAAAUUGAAAAAUUGGCUCAAAAAAUACUGAUAGAUUGGCUCAAAAAUUAAAAAUUUGUUCCAAAAAAUGGAAAACUACUAGCAACUUUAUCUUAUUCCUUAAUUUACUAUUUUUACAUCACAAAUUGCCAUUUUAGUUUAAAUUUCCCUCUUAUUUUUCCAAAAAAUCAUUGUCGCUUCAAAAAAUGGGAAAUUUGGCUCAAAAAUUGCAAAUUUGGUUAACAAAAUUGCCAUUCUGGCUCAAAAAUUGCUAAUUUGAAUAAAAAUAUGUUCAAUUUGACCAAUUUUGUAUUAAGUUGUCUCUCUCACAAAAUAGCAAUCACUUUGGUUCGAAAAUGGUCUAGGAAUCCAAAUAGGAAACCAAAUAGCAAAUUGAGCCAAACAAACGGCUCAAAAAAUGCCAAAUAGGUCAGUUUAGUAAAAAGUUCCCUCUCUCCCUUUUAUUCUUCAUAUAAGUAAUUUGAACCAAAAUGAAAAUAAAAAAAUAAUAAAAAUUCUCAAAAAGAUGGGAAAAUGGCAAAUUUGGCUCAAACUUGCUAAGUUAACUCGCAAAUGGACAAUUUGGCACAAUAUAGCAAAAAAAAUUGAAAAACUAAUAGUAAAUUUGUCUUAAAAAAGGUAAAAAUUUUACUCAAAAGUCGCACUUUGGUUAGCAAGUUCCAGAGAACGGCGUUGAUUUAAUUUUAUUUCAGAUACAAUCUAAAUGCGUUCGUCAAAAGAAAACUGAGGGGUUCUUUACAUACAAUUUCGUAUCGUUUAUUAGAUUUUAUAGAUGUACAUUCAAUCGUAUUUAUACUUAGAAUAUGAUAGGUCCAAUUAUUAUCGUCUUGAAUUGCGAUAGCCAUUUUGACUUUGUGUAAAAAUUUAGGUCAAUUCAGUAAAACGUCGUCUCAAAAAAUUGAAAACUAAUAAAAUUUGGCUCAAAAAUUUGAUUUAAAAGGAUCAAUUUGACGCAAUAAUGGCAAAUUUGAGUCAAAAAUGGCAAAUUUGUUUAAAAAAAAAAUACAAACUUUUUCAAAAAUUAUCAUUUUGGUUAAAAAAGUUUCUUGUCACAAAAUACCGGUCAGUUUGGCUCACAAUAGAUUUUUUUUUAAAUUGCAUAUUUUGGUCCAAAAAUGGCAAGUUUACUUAAAAAUUUGGUAUUGUUUAUUAGUCCCAAAUUCUCGUCUUCAAUUGCUAUAGCCAUUUUGACUUUGUGUAAAAAUUUAGGUCAAUUCAGUGAAACGUCGUCUCAAAAAUUGAACACUAAUAAAAUUUGACUCAAAAAUUUAAUUAAAAAGGAUCAAUUUGUUUUAAAAAAUUACAAAUUUGACUCAAAAAGUUUCUUUUGUCACAAAAUACCGAUCAAUUUGGCUCAUAAAAGGAAUUUUUUCGAAAAAAUUACACAUUUUGGCUCAAAAAAAUGGCAAAUUUGCCUAAAAUUUCGUAUUGUUUAUUAUAUUUUGUAGAUGUACAUUCAAUCGUAUUUAUACUUAGAACAUGAUAGUCCAAAAUUCGUCUUGAAUUGCUAAUUGACUUUGUGUAAAAAUUUAGGUCAAUUCAGUAAAACGUCUGUCUUAAAAAAUACCAGCAAAUUGGCUUAAGAAUUAAAAUUUCAUCUCAAAAAAUUUAAAACUAAUAAAAUUGGGCUCAAAAUGGCAAAUUUGGCUCAAAAAUUGCAAAUUUGGUUCAAAUAUUGCAAAUUUGACUGAAUUAUGUUAACUUUGACUCAAAAAUUGCAAAUUUGGCUCAAAAAUUAAUCAAUUUGGCUCAAAAAUUACAUAUUUGACUCAAAAAUGGCUCUAGCACGGCAAAUUUGCAUAAAAUUUGGUAUUGUUUAUUAACUAAUAAUUUUUCUCAAAAUGGCAAAUUUUAUUUAAAAUAGCUAAUUUAGCUCAAAUAAAUUCCUCUCUGACAAAAUGCCGGUGAGUUUGGCUCAAAAAUUGUUUUUUUUUUUCUCUAAAAAUUACAAAUUUUGACGUAUAAAUGGUAAGUUUGCAUAAAAUUUCCAGGUGACCCAAAAAAACGUUAUGACCGAAAAAUAUUUUAAAUAGAUAAAACAUAUUAAUCCACAGAAUGGUAAGAUAUCUUAAUUCAUAAUUUGUAAAUAUUAAAAUUGCAUUUUAUAGAAAAGUUCUUCUUAUUCAGUAUUUAGGGCACUUUUGGAUCAUCAUCGUCCCUUUCUGUCCUCUACAACUGUACAAUACACCCAAAUUUCUUCAAUACGAUACAAGGUUUGUCCGAUAAUUGAAGACAACAUGGCUGUUUCUCGUCAAAACAUGUUCUUUUUAUUCCUUGUCUUUUGUCCUGUUUUUAAACAUCUUUUAACCCUUUCACUGAAGUUGACGCACUUUCGCGUCAUAGGAAGCCCUCACUAUGUGUUGACAACGCACAUGCGCGUCAUAGGAAGUCCUAACUAUGUGUCGACGACGCACAUGUGCGUCAUAGGAAGCCCCCACUUUGUGCCGACGACGCACAUGUGCGACAUUCGUUCAUUUGUGUUUUCAAGCGCCAGUAUAUUCGGCACCGGCCAAACGGGCUUUAAUUUGAAUUCGCAGUAAAAGGGUUAGAUAGGUUCAUUCCAAAAUGACCAGUGUUUGUUACUUGGAAGGGACCAAUUUCACUGUAGGAAAGAUUUGGUGCUUCAGAGUAAACGACUUCAUAGAAAAUUUCUUCUUCCUGGGUGUUUAGGACACUUUUGGAUCAUCAUUGUUCGUUUCCGCCAUUAGAACUGCAAAAUACAGUCAAAUUUCUUGAAUAGGUUACGAGGUUUGUCAGAAAAGUGAAGGUACAACAUGGUUGUUCUGUCAAAACAUGUCGUUUUUAUUCCUUGUCAUUUUCCCUGCUUUAAAACAUCUUUUAACCAUUUCACUGCUGAUGACGCACAUGCGCGUCAGAGGAAACCCCCUAUGUGCCGACGACGCACAUGUGCGACAUUCGUUCAUUUGUGUUUUUCAAGCGCCAGUAUAUUCGGCACCGGCCAAAAGGGCUUUAAUAUAGUUGUUUGUUAUUCCCUCUAUAUUUCGUUAGGUAUUUCUCUUUUAAAUAUAUUUUUUGGUGUUACGGUUAUUUGGCCUUAUUUAUUAUGUUACACAUGAUUUUCUUCUUUUUUUUUGAAUCGAUGAUUACUUUAUUUGCAAAGGGCCGUCUUAUACAAGUGCUGAUUAUUUUACGCAUACAUAUAUUUAAUUUAAUGAUGAACGAUAUUUAUAUUGAAAUUAUUUUAUAGAUUAAAACGAAAGUGGCUUUUUUUAAUGGUCUUUUAGAUAGUGGGUUGUAUGGAUAUGGGUUAGUAGUUUUUUUGUUAAGGGUACAUUUGUUUUUUCAGCGGUUUUUCGAUUUUGCGUCACCCUAAAUGGUAAUGGCGAUUUGAUUAAGGGAUUUAAUUUUGCGUUCCCCUAUAUUACAUGGUUUAUUUGAUUAGUAACUUAUUUUCUCGCCUUUAUUCUCAGAAUGGACUGGAUUUGACUAAAAAAUGGCAAAUUUGACUUGGUAAUUGUAAAUUUGGCUUAUAAUAGCCAUUUUGCCUCAAAACCUGGCUAAUUUGCUUAAUUUAGUAAAAGUCCCUUUGAAAAAUACCAGCUUUGGCGUAAAAAAGGUAAAUUUGACUUACUAAUGGCAAAUUUGGCUCAUACAUUUUGCCUCAAAACCUGGCUAAUUUGCUUAAUUUAAUAAUAAUUUAUUCGUCUUAAAAAUACCGGCAAAUUUGGCGCAUAAAAGUAAAUUUUACCAAAACAUUUGGCUCAAAAAUUAACAAUUUGGCCCAAAAAAUUCAAAUUUGUUUAAUUUAUUAAGUAGUGGUGAAUAAAUGUUCUCAAAAAUUGACAAUUUGGCUCAAAAAUAGUGAAAAAUCUUAAAUAAAAACACCAAUUUUGAGUUCAAAAUCGAAAAUUUAUCUGAAAAACGAGCAAUUUGACUGAGUAAUGGCAGAUUAGACUCAAAACCUGGCUAAUUUGCUUGAUUUAGUAAAAAGUUGUCACUUUAAAAAAUACUUGCAGCUUUGACCGAAAAAAAAGGUAAAUUUUAUCCAAAAAUUGUUCAUUUGGCUCAAAAAUAGUAAAUUCGGUUUAAAAAAUGGUAAAUUUUACUAAAUACGCUUAAUUUGCUCUCUUUAUUAAAAAAUUGUCUCGUUUCAAAAAGUACUGGUAAGUUUGGAUCUAAUUUUGAAAAUUUGUCUUGUCUCAAAAAAUGGAAACUUUGCCUUAUUCCAAAUUUGGUUUAAAAAUACCAGCAAAUUUGGCUCAAAAGGUAAAUUUUACCCAAAAAUGGUACAUUUGGCUCAAAAAUAACAAAUUCUACUCAAAAAUGGCAAAUUUGUCUAAAAACGGUUAAUUAAUAGUCUUAUCUCAAAAAGUACCGGUAAGUUUGGAUAUAAUUUGAAAAUUUGUCUUGUCUCAAAAACUGGAAACUUCGCAUUAUUCCAAAUUUGGCUUAAAAAUUUCAGAUUAUUUAAUUUAGUAAAUAAAUAAAUACCGUCAAAUUUGGCCCAAAAAUUCUUAAAAAAUAGAAACUUUAUAUCAAAAAUUAACAAUUUGGCUCAAAAAAUGACCUAUUUGUUCAAUUUAGUGUAAAAUCUUAAAUAAAAACGGCAACUUUGUAUUCAAACUCGAAAAUUUGGCCUAAAAAUGACAAUUUGUUUAAAAAAAAAUGGCCCAUUUGCGUAAUUUACUAAAAAGUUGCCCCUUAGAAAAUAUAGACAAAUAGAAAUCUUGGCUCAGUAUCAAAUUUAGCUUAAAAAUUGCAAAUUUAAUUUUAAAAAUGCCAAUUUGUCCAAUUUUAGUAAAAAGUAAAAAAAAAUAGGCUCAAAAACUGGCCAAUUUGUUAAAUUUAUUAAAUAACUGUCUCGCAAUAAAUACCGGCAAAUAAAAAAAUUAAUAGAAUUAAAAAUAUGUCAAAAAUUGACAAUUUGGCUGAAAAAAUAGCAUAAAUAAAAACUGCAAAUUUGCUCAAAAAUAAAUAAUUUGGUUCACAAAGUGACAUUUGUUCAAUAUAGUGAAAAGUUGGCCCUCACAAAAUAUCAACAAAUGGAAAUCUUAGCUUAGUAUCAAGUUUGGCUCAAAAUUUUUAAAUCAGAUUCAAAAAAUGGCCAAUUUGUUCAUUUUAUUUAAUAACUGUCUUGUGAUAAAUGCUGGCAAAUUUGACUCAAAAACAAAUAAUUAAAUAAGUUAAAAAUUUGGCUCAAAAAUUGCAUAUCUGAUUUAAAAAAUUGGCAAUUGUCCAAAUUUAGUAAGAAGUAAAAAAACAGGUUAAAAAAAAUGGCCAAAUUGUUAAAUUUAGUCUCGAAAUGGAUACCUGCAAAUUUGAUCCAAAAAUAAAAGAAAUUUAAUAACCUGAAAAUGUGUCUCAAAAUUGACAAUUUGGUUAAAAAAAAAAAUUAAAAACUGCAAAUUUGUCUUAUAAAUGACUAAAUUUAUCAAAUGUGGCUCAAAAAUUGCUAAUCUGAUUAAACAAAUGAAUAAUUUGUCCAAUUUUAGUAAAAAGUAAAAAAUACUGCCAAAUAUGACUUAAAAAUUUGCCUUAAUAGGGAAAUUUAUCAGAGAAAGCGGCGACAUUUUCUUCGUUUUUUUUUUAGAGAUUGGGACGGAACAUGCGUAUUUUACAGGAAAGACACUGGCCCCUCUAUUCAUACAACUCACUUUCAAUUGUUGGCCGCUUGUUACUAAAAUAAAUUAACUCCUUCAAACACUUGUUUCUAAAGAAGUAAAAAUACGUUCUGUUAUUCUCGGAAAAUAAUUUCAAAAAACUGAAGUUCCUUUUUUAUAUUUUUGACUUUUCGAUUUGAUGCUAGAGUGAUUCACAAAAAUAGAGACUAAGAUAGAGAUGUCAUAUCUAUGAUAGCUUCACUGCUCCAUACUUAUAUUUGUGUAACAUUCGUGAG